GCUUCUCUCCCUACACCACAGAGCCUUUUUAUCCUCCGUAUCGCCACCUCCCUGACUUCUCUACUGCUUUCGAAUCAGCAUUUAUUUUGUAGCCCCAAGUCCGCACAUCCGAGGAAGGAGGGGAAGGAGCAGAGUUCGUAAUAAGUGAUGAUACUUGCUCUCCAGGCAUUUAUUGCUCCGGGCGGGUGGUGAGAGGCAGCAUUUAACGGGAAGACUGGACUGUGUUUCGGUUGUGAAGAGGUGAGGUGACUGGAGACGACUGAGGGGAACCGUCAGACGUUGUUCUUCUGCCGGAAGUGUUCAAAUUCUCAUCAGUUGCUGUUGCAUUUGCUGCUGCUUCCAUGGAGCAGCUCGGAGGACCCAUUAAUGAUUCCCUUGUAAGACCCUCAAGUAUCCCAACCUAUUCAUUCCUUUAUUAUUUCCCUGUCUCCGCAUAUCUUGGUCCCAUCUGCUUGAAGAAGACUCUUUUGUGAAUGGAAAGAAGUUGGUCAGGGAAGAGUUGAACUCGGUGUGCAUGGAACCAGGAGCAGCGAGCGCCAGGUUUUCCGAGCAUCCUGAAAUGAGAUAUGAGAGCCUGUUCUCUCGCCAAAUGCCUUUCCUUCAACUACUCCAGGGAGCCAUGCAAGCAGAGGACGAGACGGAGGAAGAGAAAGUCGAGCUCCAACUGCAACAAUAUCAACACCAAAGUUUAUUCACUUCUUGCGCACAAGAAUCCAACAUCGAGCUCCUGCUCCGGUUACAGAGACAAAACUGCCUCGAGCAACUGCGGACACCGGAGAGGGACAAGGCCCGUGCGGUGGAGCAGCUGGAGAGCUGCAUCACCCACACAUCCGAGUCGGAGACGAGAGGCACAGUUCACCAUAAGCAUCCUGUGGCGGUAACCACGACGGGGCCCACGAGAUCUGCGGCUGCAGCCUGGCCGAACGAGCGGAGGAAGAGGAAGCGGCCGCGGCAGGCUUCGACGUCCAAGAGCCCGGAGGAGGCGGAGAGCCAAAGAAUGACGCACAUUGCGGUGGAGCGCAACCGCCGGCGGCUCAUGAACGAUCACCUCGCUACUCUCCGCUCCCUGAUGCCAUCUUCCUACGUCCAACGCGGAGACCAGGCGUCCAUCGUCGGUGGUGCCAUCGAGUUCGUUAAGGAGCUCGAGCACCACCUCCUCUCCCACCAAUACGAGAAGCGGUUGCGGGCGUCGGCCGCUGUCCGGUCGAGGUCGAACGACGACGAACAAUGCCAUGCUUCCACUCUGCACGACGGGUUCUUCAUCUCGCCACAAUACACGGGCUACUCGCAGUGGAAGCGGCGACGGGGCGACGGUAAAGGAGACGAAGCGCAGCAGGAGAAUGCAACGGGGAUGGACGUGGAAGCGACGUUGGUGCAAGGCCAUGUGAACUUGAAGGUCGCCGGGCGGCGACGGCGAGGGCAGCUGGUGCGAGCCAUUGCGGCCAUGGAGGAACUCCGUCUCUCAGUCCUCCAUCUCAACAUCAUCUGCCUCGAACCAUCCUCCAUACUUUACUCCCUUAACCUGAAGAUGGAGGAGGAGUGCAAGUUGGGGUCAGCGGAUGAGGUUGCGACGGCGGUGCACCAGAUCUUCAGCUACAUCAACGCCUGCUGAUGACGCGAUGAUGAACGCGUCAGGACGUACGAGAGACGAGAGAGACGAGAGAGACAGGACAAGGGAAGAGGAGAUGCUCGUCUUAAAGGUGGGGAGGGCAGCGUAACACGUCUCCUACUUCUGCAGCGGCAGCUUUCCUUCUGAUACAUGCAGUGAUGGGAGCUUGGACUCUUUGGGUUGCGGUUUUGCAGCUUUAUCUCUCUUCGUUUUCAAUCUCUCUUUGGGAAAGGAUGCUGACAAUUGGGCUGAACAUGAUUACUGAUGAUGCAGGAUACUUUAUCCCGUUAUUAACAGUGUGUAUUCUGCAUGAGUUUGAAGGCAUUGGGAAGUUUCGAUGAGUA